ACUCACGCCGGCGGCUGCGGCGGUGGCGGCGGCGGCGGCGCCUCGGGCCCAGGCCCCGGGCUGCCGUGCUCCGGACUCUGCGUCCUGCCGGCCGGGCGCUCGCUGCGGGGCUGCAUUCGGCUGCCGGACCCACCGCCGAUUCGCGGAGGACCCGCGGGCGAACGGACGCGGAGACUGCCGGAGGGCUGCUCGGCGGUGGCGGCCCGCUCAGUGUCGCUCACUCCCGCCGCUCCCGCCCGCAGCCGCUGUUUCUCGGCGCCGCCCGCCCCGCCUCCCGAGAGGCUUCGGGGACUGGACGUUGGACGCGGAUCCUUCCAGCGCUGCGCCCCAGGAGCUCUUUGCAUAGGAGCCCCGCCGUCGCAGCCUGGCGUCCUCGCAGGCGCGUGCCCUCGGAGCGCCGGGUGGGCUGCGGGCGCGGCGGGACUCCUGGUCUGUCUUCCCCGGGGCGGACACCAGCAUCGCUGCGUCCUACGGAGCCGGGCGCCGAGCGGGAGGCGCAUCUGGGCCCCACCGGGGCUGCCCGCACUUAGCACGCGAACGCGCCCUCCCGCCCUGAGGCCGCCGGCGCUGCGGUCGGAGAACCGUAGAGCCACUCGGCUGGGCGUGGCACGGCGGGGCGGGGAAAGAGGCGGGGCCUAGGCGGCGGAAGUGCUCAGCCGCGCGGCAUUCUGGGGCCGGAAGUGGGGCGCACGCUGCGGGCUGGUGUCAUGGCAGCUGCGCGGAACCGCAAGAGGCGCCUGGCGGAGCUGACGGUGGACGAGUUCCUAGCUUCGGGCUUUGACUCCGAGUCCGAAUCCGAGUCCGAAAACUCCCCAGAAGCGGAGACGCGGGAGGCACGCGAGGCUGCCCGGAAUCCGGAUGAACCGGGCGGGAGCCCCUCGGCCAGCCGGCGUAAAGGCCGUGCCUCUGAGCACAAAGACCAGCUCUCUCGGCUGAAGGACAGAGACCCCGAGUUCUACAAGUUCCUGCAGGAGAAUGACCAGAGCCUGCUAAACUUCAGCGACUCGGACAGCUCCGAGGAGGAAGAGGAGCCGUUCCACUCCCUUCCAGAUGUGCUGGAGGAAGCCAGUGAGGAGGAUGGAGCGGAGGAGGGGGAAGAUGGGGACAGAGUCCCCAGAGGGCUGAAGGGGAAGAAGAAUUGUGUUCCUGUGACCCUCGCCAUGGUUGAGAGAUGGAAGCAGGCAGCAAAGCAACGCCUCACUCCAAAGCUGUUCCAUGAAGUGGUACAGGCGUUCCGAGCAGCUGUGGCCACCACCCAAGGGGACCAGGAAAGUGCUGAGGCCAACAAAUUCCAGGUCACGGACAGUGCUGUGUUCAAUGCUCUGGUUACCUUCUGCAUCAGAGACCUCAUUGGCUGUCUCCAGAAGCUGCUAUUUGGAAAGGCGGCAAAGGACAGCAGCAGGAUGCUGCAGCCGUCCGGCAGCCCGCUCUGGGGGAAGCUCCGUGUGGACAUCAAGGCGUACCUGGGCUCGGUCAUACAGCUGGUGUCCUGUCUGACGGAGACAACGGUGUUGGCGGCCGUGCUGCGGCACAUCAGCGUGCUGGUGCCCUGCUUCCUGACCUUCCCCAAGCAGUGCCGCAUGCUGCUCAAGAGAAUGGUGGUUGUAUGGAGCACUGGGGAGGAGUCCCUGCGGGUGCUGGCUUUCCUGGUCCUCAGCAGAGUCUGCCGGCACAAGAAGGACACUUUCCUUGGCCCCGUCCUCAAGCAAAUGUACAUCACGUAUGUGAGGAACUGCAGGUUCACCUCGCCGGGCGCCCUCCCCUUCAUCAGUUUCAUGCAGCGGACCCUGACGGAGCUGCUGGCCCUGGAGCCGGGUGUGGCCUACCAGCACGCCUUCCUCUACAUCCGCCAGCUCGCCAUACACCUGCGCAACGCCGUGACCACCCGCAAGAAGGAAACGUACCAGUCUGUGUACAACUGGCAGUACGUGCACUGCCUCUUCCUGUGGUGCCGGGUCCUGAGCACUGCGGGCCCCAGCGAAGCCCUCCAGCCCUUGGUCUACCCCCUUGCCCAGGUCAUCAUUGGCUGUAUCAAGCUCAUCCCCACUGCCCGCUUCUACCCACUGCGAAUGCACUGCAUCCGUGCCCUGACGCUGCUCUCGGGGAGCUCGGGGGCCUUCAUCCCAGUGCUGCCUUUCAUUCUGGAGAUGUUCCAGCAGGUCGACUUCAACAGGAAGCCGGGGCGCAUGAGCUCCAAGCCCAUCAACUUCUCCGUGAUCCUGAAGCUGUCCAAUGUCAAUCUGCAGGAGAAGGCGUACCGGGACGGCCUGGUGGAGCAGCUGUACGACCUCACCCUGGAGUACCUGCACAGCCAGGCACACUGCAUCGGCUUCCCGGAGCUGGUGCUGCCUGUGGUCCUGCAGCUGAAGUCGUUCCUCCGGGAGUGCAAGGUGGCCAACUACUGCCGGCAGGUGCAGCAGCUGCUUGGGAAGGUUCAGGAGAACUCGGCGCACAUCUGCAGCCGCCGCCAGAGGGUUUCCUUCGGCGUCUCUGACCAGCAGGCAGUGGAAGCCUGGGAGAAGCUGACCCGGGAAGAGGGGACUCCCCUGACCUUGUACUACAGCCACUGGCGCAAGCUGCGUGACCGGGAGAUCCAGCUGGAGAUCAGUGGCAAAGAGCGGCUGGAAGACCUGAACUUCCCUGAGAUCAAACGAAGGAAGGUGGCUGACAGGAAGGAUGAGGACAGGAAGCAAUUUAAAGACCUCUUUGACCUGAACAGCUCUGAAGAGGAUGACACCGAGGGAUUCUCGGAGAGAGGGAUACUGAGGCCGCUGAGCACUUGGCAUGGGGUGGAAGAGGAUGAAGAGGACGAGGAGGAGGGCGAGGAGGACAGCAGCAACUCGGAGGAUGGCCACCCAGACGGAGAGGCGGGGCUGGCCCCUGGGGAGCUGCAGCGGCUGGCCCAGGGGCCGGAGGAUGAGCUGGAGGAUCUGCAGCUCUCAGAGGAGGACUGAAGCAGCCCAUCUGGGGGGCCUGUAGGGGCCGCUGGGCUGGUGGCCAGUGUUUCCACCUCUCCAGCAGUCAGGCCUAGAGGCUGGCGUCUGUGCAGUUGGGGGAGGCAGUAGACACGGGGCAGGCUUUACUAUUUAUUUUUCAGCAUGAAAGACCAAACGUACCGAGGGCUGAGCUGGGCUGGCGUGGCUGCUGAAGCCCCACAGCUGUGGGCUGUUGAAGUCAGCUCCGCGGGGGAGCUGACCCUGACGUCAGCAGACCGAGACCAGUCCCAGUUCCAGGGGGAGGCCUGCAGGCCCCUGGCCCCUUCCACCACCUCUGCCCUCCGUCUGCAGACCUUGUCCAUUCGCACCAGGCUCUGCAUUCACUCCCCCAAGUCUUUGGAAAUUUGUUCCUUUCCUUUGAAAUCACAUUUUCUUUUAAAAUUUUUUGUUUUGCAUCCAAAAGCAAAAGAAAUAAAGCUGUGGGAGGCAGGGCCGUUGUAUUGA